AUGGCAUUAACGCUGAGUAGCCAUAGCACUCUUGGUGUGGCCUCACUUCUCUUCAUUUCGUUCCACAUUGCCAUCAUCAGCUCACAAGCAGCAAUUGCGGCAACCGCAGACGAGUACAAUGUCGUCUCUCUCGGGGCGAAGCCUGAUGGCGUCACUGACUCGACACGGGCCUUUGUAGGCGCGUGGCUUGCGGCUUGCAGCUCCGAGAAGCCAGCAACGAUCAGCGUGCCGCCGGGACGGUUCCUGGUGGGAGGGGCCACCUUCAGCGGGCCGUGCAAGAGCAACGCCAUCCGGUGGCGCAUCCAAGGGGUGAUCACGGCUCCUGCGGAUUACAACGUGCUCGGGAACGUCGGGACGUGGCUCUUGUUCCAGCACGUGGAUGGCAUGUCCAUCUCUGGCGGGAUCCUCGACGGGCGAGGCGCGGCCUUGUGGGCUUGCAAAGCCUCCGGCAAGAAUUGCCCCAGUGGAGCCACGACAAUACUCUUCAGCAACUCAAGGAACAUUGUGGUGAGAAAACUGACGUCGCUCAAUAGUCAGCUGUUUCACAUUGUCAUCAACGGAUGCCAGAACGUGAGGCUGCAAGGAGUGAAGGUUUUCGCCUCCGGCGAGAGCCCUAACACGGAUGGCGUUCAUGUUCAGUUGUCCUCCGGUGUCGCGAUCAUGAGCUCAAAAAUCGGAACAGGCGAUGAUUGCGUCUCGGUCGGUGCCGGCACUACAAAUCUCUGGAUUGAAAACGUGGCAUGCGGCCCAGGCCACGGAAUCAGCAUUGGGAGCCUAGGGAAGGACCUCGAGGAGGCAGGGGUAGAGAACGUGACGGUUAAGAACGUCGUCUUUGGAGGGACACAAAACGGGUUGAGAAUCAAAUCUUGGGGCAGACCCAGCACCGGAUUUGCCAAGAACAUCCUCUUCCAACAUGCCAUCAUGUCCAACGUUAAAAACCCAAUCGUCAUCGACCAAAAUUACUGCCCCAACAACAUAAAUUGUCCUGGUCAGUUUUCAGGGGUGAAAAUUAGCGACGUUACGUACCAAGACAUUCAUGGGACAUCGGCAACGGAAGUGGCCGUCAAAUUCGAUUGCAGUCCGAAGAACCCAUGCACAGGAAUAAGAAUAGAAGACGUGAAGAUCACCUACAGGAACGAUCAACAACCGGCUCAAGCUUCUUGUGUUAAUGCUGGUGGAUUGGCCUUUGGCCUGGUCCAACCCUCCAGUUGCUUAUAG